GGUGGUGUUUACGUCCAGGUAACAGAUGAUGGCAAGAUAGGAACUGCUGUGGGAGCUGGUAGAAGUGGUCUGCUCGCUCUUGGUGAACAUUUACAAAACUAUGAUUUCGUCUUUGAGUAACGUUUGAGUACAAAAUGGAACCCGAUAGUGACAAGUUCUGGUAUGUGCACAGUUGUGACUUAGAUGUAGAUAUUCAAGUGAAAAUUGGUACGCUAGAUGGGAAGAGGGAGAUGCCCAAUUAUGAAGCUCUCCUGAAAGAUCCACUGCUCAAGUACUCUGGACUCUAUGGGUCUUCGUGCUCGGAUCUGUAUGUUUCCUGUCAGGUAUUUUCUGAUGGCCGGGAACUUACCCUCCCUGUGCGAACCUCGUACAAAUCGUUUUCUCAUCGGUGGAACUGGAACGAGUGGUUAACCUUGCCCCUUCGCUUUAGUGAUUUGCCACGGAAUUCCGUUCUGGCACUCACUAUUUAUGAUACAUAUGGCCCUCGUAGAAAUGAGCCUAUCGGAGGCACAACCAUAUCCUUCUUUGGCAAACAUGGAGUAUUUCGGCAGGGGCUUCACGACUUAAAAGUUUGGCCAAAUCGGAUUGCUGACCAUGUUCUUACACCAGGAAAAGGUCAGGACCAUGGAAAGGACCAGAUGCAACGUCUUGCAAAACUUGCCAAGAAACAUCGUAAUGGGCAAAUGACAAAAGUGGAUUGGUUGGACCGUUUAACUUUCCGUGAAAUUGAAUUAAUUAAUGAGCAAGAGAAACGCUCGUCCAACUCGAUGUACUUGAUAGUUGAAUUUCCACGAGUGGAACAUGAAGGAGUUAUCUAUUCUAUAGUGUGGUGGGAACGUGGGGGUAAUGUAGAAUAUGAGCAUCGAACAUGUGGGAAUAUGGUUCGCAUGCCAGACCCUGAGAUUGCAUUAGAGAACCUGCAAGAAGCAAAGCACCACAGAUUAGCGAGAUCUCUGCGUUCUGGUGUAACCGACAAGGACUUGAAGCCAAAUUCUGCCAUUAGGGACAGCCUUCACACAAUUAUGGAGUACCCAUCAACUAAACAGCUGACUAGUGAUGAACAAGACAUGGUGUGGAAAUAUCGUUUCUAUUUAAGUACACAAAAGAAAGCUUUGACAAAGUUCCUCAAAUGUGUCAACUGGAAACUCUUGGGAGAAGCAAAGCAGGCCAUUGAGUUGCUGGGUCGCUGGGUGCCUCCAGAUGUGGAUGAUGCACUCGAAUUACUAGGUCCAGGCUUUACUCAUCCUGAUGUCCGCCGUUAUGCUGUUGAGCGUCUGAGUAUUGCUUCUGAUGAAGAUCUUCUACUCUACCUAUUGCAACUUGUGCAGGCUUUAAAGUAUGAGGCAUUAGAUAAUGUUGAUAUGAGCCUUUGUGAUGUAUCUCAUUAUUCAUCAGCAAGCGACACAAGUGUUGACACAUGUCAGACUGAAGAGAGGACUCCAGGGGAUUCUAUGCAAGAAAAAUUGUGUGAAUCUACUAGCUCCACAGGUGGUGACCUUACACAGUCUACAUCAUCAUCUCUUGAAGAGAGUGAAGCGGCAACCAUCCAGAGAUCCCCGUCAUCAUCACUCUUAGCGGAGCCAGACAGUUCAGAUCCUUCAGCCACAGCUCCUGAUUCUGGUUUGCUUCCUGAAUUGGCAGAAAUGGAUUCAGAGCUAGACCUUGCAUCCUUCCUUAUUCACCGUGCCACAAGAAACCCAACAUUGGCUAACUACCUGUACUGGUACCUACUCGUAGAGUGUGAGGACCAAGAGGCAGGACUCAAACAUGAUACUAAGGUUCGUGAAAUGUACUUGUGGGUGUUGCGGCGCUUUAAGUUAGCUCUGCAGCAAGGGAGCCGAGAAGCACGAUCAUCUCGACUCUUGCUGACAAGACAACACCACUUCAUGGACCAGCUUGUAGCUCUUGUAAAGACCGUAGCACGCGACAGUGGUAAUCGUAUGCGCAAAAUAGAAAAGCUACAGACAAUGUUAGCUGAUUCUGAAAACUUGAAAAUUAACUUUGCUAAUUUUGAACCUUUAGCUCUCCCCUUAGACCCUGAGGUAAUAGUUACUGGAAUUAUGACGGAACGAGCUACUCUAUUCAAAUCGGCCUUGGAGCCAUCUCGACUAACAUUCAACACGGUAUCAGGAGAGGAAUAUGUUGCAAUUUUCAAACAUGGAGACGACUUACGUCAGGAUCAACUUAUUAUUCAGAUAAUAACACUGAUGGAUAGACUUCUGCGUCGAGAGAACUUGGACCUUAGACUCACCCCUUAUAAGGUUUUAGCUACGAGCAGCAAGCAUGGCUUUGUUCAGUUUAUUGAGUCUCAUGCUGUCGCAGAUGUUUUACGCACUGAAGGAGGAAUCCAGAACUUCUUCCGUAAGCAUGCUUCUUCAGAAACGGGUCCAUAUGGUAUUGCUCCAGAGGUAAUGGACACGUACAUAAAAUCUUGUGCUGGCUAUUGUGUCAUCACAUAUUUGCUUGGCAUUGGUGAUCGACACUUGGAUAAUCUACUUUUGACAAGGAAUGGGAAUCUCUUUCAUAUUGAUUUUGGAUACAUUCUUGGAAGGGAUCCAAAGCCACUUCCACCUCCUAUGAAGCUUAGCAAAGAAAUGGUUGAAGGCAUGGGAGGAGCACAGUCUGAACAUUAUCACGAAUUUCGUAAACUUUGCUAUACUGCUUUUCACCAACUUCGCCGGCAUGCAAACCUAAUACUCAAUCUGUUCUCUCUCAUGGUGGAUGCAAAUGUGCCAGACAUUGCCUUAGAGCCUGAUAAAACUGUGAAAAAAGUAGAAGACAAGUUCCGAUUAGAUUUGAGUGAUGAAGAGGCAGUCAGCUAUAUGCAGGGACUCAUCGAUGACUCGGUUAAUGCUGUUGUAGCUGUAGUGGUGGAACACCUGCAUAAGUUUGCUCAAUAUAUUCGAAAAUAGGUGCUUGUGAGAAAAUCUGAUGUCAACUGCAUAAUGUAGUUUAGACAAUUAUAUGAUCAUACCUGUUGUAUGCUUCAAGCCUUAUUAGAGAGACAAUGUUAGUAUAAUAUUACAUUGCUAAUUUACUAACAUUAUUUAGACCAUAAAUAUAUAUUCCAUAUAGUAAGAAAUAAUCAAUUCAGUAAUUUAAAGCAAUAUGGUACAUGAAGGGAGUCAAAACUAUUAAGUGUUAAUUUUUGCAUCUUUUUCAGGUUAAUUUGUUACUUGUCUGUAUAUAUACGAGGUUUAAAUACUAGUAAACAUAAUGGCAACUGUAUCAGUUGUGCUAAUGUGAUAAUGCUCAUUAGAGGGUCUUGAUACUAUGUAUUUUUUAAUCUGAAAAAUUAUUUUAUUGAUUAACCGGGUGCCAUCCAUUUAGGUAUCUUAUAUGAGAGUACAUGUAAGUCACAUUUUUAGUUCUUCCAAGUGCUUUUAAUAGCUAUUUAAUCCUACAUUUGAUAUGCAAUUAGCAUUGAUGCUCUUGUCUUCAGACUACAGUAUUUCUUUCAAUAUUUGUCAAUGUUUAAUAUAAAGAUAACCUAGAAAUUUGAGAUCAUUAUUUUCAUCUUCUCUAAAAAAUAUUUGGUGAGAAUUUAAUAUUUCAUUUCAUAGAGAUUACUAGUCUAGAUAACAGGAUUUAGGAAAUUGUUUAAGGUAAAUUGUUACAAAUAUAUUCUGUAGUAAAAAAGAGUAUGCAGUAUGUGUUUGCACACAGUCAAUAAAAUCUUUUAUUCAGACUUGGCAGCAGUAAUGUAGGUGUGAAAUAAAUUAUAUUAGGUCUAACAAGAAGUAAAAUUUCUCAGCACUCAAGAAAUGUAUGCUUUACUGUCCAAUCUUAUUUCUCAGUACAGUACUCUCAAGUAAUGUUUCCUUAAUUUACACAGUUCCCUAUCUUGGUGCAAGGAAAUGAUUCAGUACUACCUACUUUUACUUCUGGGUUUACUAACAUGCAUGUGGAUUUAUUUAGUAAAUAUAUCAGGUGGUCCUUCACACCUUCAAUAGUUGAAAGCAUGCAAGACAUAUGUAGAAUUCUACCUGAGAUCUCUCGGGAAAUGCUAGUGUCCACAGGGAACUUUGUGUUAAAGAUAGGUUGUAUGCAGUACUGCAUAUAUAGAUGUUCAUUGAUAAGGAAUACAAAGAAAUAAUGAUCUCAACUUCAGAUGGACAAGACUCAAGAAAGGUGUAGAAGUACUGGUGUACUACCAUGAAUGUAGGAACCAUUGCCUGCAAAUAUACUUUUUAUGCAAUGUGUGUACAGUACUGUAGUAUAAACUUUUACCAUGAAGGAAAGAAAGUUUUGUAUAGUAUACUUCAUUUUCAUACAAUUGUACAUUAUAGCUAUUAUCAUAUAGUGUUGUUGUCUGAAUGAUGGGUGCAAUUGUUUUUUUUUUUUUUUUUUUUAUAAUUUUGGCUAUCAAUGUAUUAAGUAAUUUUCUGCGAAAAACCAGGAUAGUGCAUGCAAAAGAUGCCCCCAAAAGA